CCUCCCACCACCCCAGCUGUCACCUCUUCCAGAGCCCAGGCAGGCAGUGGAGGCAACAGCAGAGGCAGCCACGCCAGGAGCGAGAGCAGGGCUGGGGACAGGCCGGACUGGGACUGUCCCCGCGUGACCAGACCCUUGGCCCCCCAUGCCCCGCCGCCCUCAAGAUGCCGACCUGUCCGCCCUGGCGGCUGCUUCUGCUGCUCUUGCUGUGGGGGCUGCUGCUCGGGAGGGCGGAGACGGGCCCUGAGGGGCAGACGGCGGGGGAGCUGUACCGGCGCUGGGAACGGUACCGCAGGGAAUGCCAGGAGACACUGGAGGCCGCGGAGCCCCCAGCAGGCCUCGCCUGCAACCGGUCCUUCGACAUGUAUGUCUGCUGGGACUACGCUGCACCCAACGCCACUGCCCGUGCAUCCUGCCCCUGGUACCUGCCCUGGCACCGCCAUGUGGCCACAGGUUUUGUCCUCCGCCAAUGUGGCAGUGAUGGCCAAUGGGAACCUUGGAGAGACCAUUCUCAGUGUGAGAACCCAGAGAAGAACGGAGCCUUUCAGGAGCAAAGGCUGACCUUGGAGCGGCUGCAGGUCGUGUACACCGUCGGUUACUCCGUGUCCCUUGCCGCACUGCUGCUCGCCCUGCUCAUCUUGAGUUUUUUCAGGCGUCUGCACUGCACACGGAACCACAUCCACAUCAACCUGUUCACAUCGUUCAUGCUGCGGGCAGCGGCGAUCCUUACGCGAGACCGCCUGCUACCUCCUCCCGGCCCUUACCCCGGGGACCAGCCCCCUGCCCUGUGGAACCAGGCGCUAGCUGCCUGCCGCACCGCCCAGAUCGUGACCCAGUACUGCGUGGGUGCCAACUACACGUGGCUGCUGGUGGAGGGCAUCUACCUGCACAGCCUCCUGGUGCUUGUGGGACGCUCCGAGGAGGGCCACUUCCACUGUUACCUGCUCCUCGGCUGGGGGGCCCCCGCGCUUUUCGUCAUUCCCUGGGUGAUCGUCAGGUACCUGUACGAGAACACGCAGUGCUGGGAACGGAACGACGUCAAGGCCAUUUGGUGGAUCAUACGCACCCCUAUCCUCAUGACCAUCUUGAUUAACUUCCUCAUCUUCAUCCGCAUUCUUGGCAUCCUCGUGUCCAAGCUGAGGACGCGGCAGAUGCGCUGCCCCGACUACCGGCUGAGGCUGGCUCGCUCCACGCUGACGCUCGUGCCCUUGCUGGGCGUGCACGAGGUGGUGUUUGCUCCCCUGACGGAGGAACAGGCCCGUGGCGCCCUGCGCUUCGCCAAGCUCGGCUUUGAGAUCUUCCUCAGCUCCUUCCAGGGCUUCCUGGUCAGCAUCCUCUACUGCUUCAUCAACAAGGAGGUGCAGUCGGAGAUCCGCCGCGGCUGGCACCGCUGCCGCCUGCGCCGCAGCCUGGACGAGGAGCCGCGCCAGCCCCCGGAGCGCGCCUUCCGGACCCUGCCCGAGGGCCCCGGCCCCGGCCGGGUCGCCAGCGGCCGCGCUCUGUCCUCGGGGAUCCUCCCGGGGCCUGGGGAUGAGGCCAGCCCGGUCUUGGAAAGUUACUGCUAG